AUUCUGCAGUUUCCUCGUUCAUCUGCCUGGAGUCACAGGGUGUUUCCUGCUGAACCUGAGUGUCUCCUUCAAGCCACAUCAGCCCCUCAAAAUCUUUCCUCCGGGACUUUCCCAGAAAUAAGUUCUCGGUAGAAGGUAUAAAGGCUCCUCCAAGCAGAGCAACUCCCCUGGCUGCCACAGGAGGCAAGGCACUUGGCAGCAAUGCGGGUCCUUGUCCAUCUCCCAGCCCUUGUAGCUUCGCUGACCUUGCUCCAGGUUGCAGCGUCCGCCUCAAGAGAGCAAUCUCCCAGGACUACUGCCAUCUCUGAUGCUGUGAAUCAGGUCAAGGUCCAAGUCAACAAGGCCUUCCUGGAAUCCCGGACCAGGCUGAAGACGGCCAUGACCUCUGAGGCACCCACCACUCGACAACUCUCCGAGUACCUCAAGCAUGCCAAAGGCCGGACGCGCACGGCCAUCCGCAACGGGCAGGUGUGGGAGGAGUCCUUAAAGAGACUGAGGCGGGAAGUGGCCUUGACGAACACCACAGACCCCGGCCUGGACUUGACUGCACUCUCUUCGGAGGUGGGCUGUGGGGCCUCUGUUCCUGUGGUGGAAUGCGACGAGAACAGCCCUUACCGCACCAUUACGGGAGACUGUAAUAACAGGAGGAAUCCCGCGCUGGGCGCCGCCAACAGGGAGCUGGCGCGCUGGCUGCCGGCUGAGUACGAGGACGGGCUCUCCCUGCCCUUCGGGUGGACGCCGGCGAAGACGCGGAACGGCUUCCCUCUCCCGCUGGCCCGUGAGGUAUCCAACCAGGUUAUAGGAUACCUGACUGAGGAUGUGCUGGACUGCGACAGAUCCCUGCUUUUCAUGCAGUGGGGUCAAAUUGUGGACCACGAUCUGGACUUUGCUCCCGAAACCGAGCUGGGGAGCAGUGAGUACUCCAAGACGCAGUGUGACGAGUACUGUAUCCAGGGAGACAACUGUUUCCCCAUCAUGUUCCCGCCCAAUGACCCCAAGCUGAAGACUCAAGGGAAGUGCAUGCCUUUCUUCCGAGCCGGGUUUGUCUGCCCCACUCCACCUUACCAGUCCCUGGUCCGAGAGCAGAUCAAUGCUCUGACCUCCUUCAUGGACGCCAGCUUCGUGUACGGCCCUGAGCCCAGCCUGGCCAGCCGCCUCCGCAACCUCAGCAGCCCCCUGGGCCUCAUGGCCGUCAACCAGGAGGUCUGGGACCACGAUCUGGCCUACCUGCCCUUUGUCAGCAAGAAGCCGAGCCCCUGCGAGUUCAUCAACACCACUGCCCGCGUGCCCUGCUUCCUGGCAGGGGAUUCCCGAGCCUCGGAGCAGAUCCUGCUGGCUACUUCCCACACCCUCUUUAUCCGAGAGCACAACCGGCUGGCCGGAGAACUAAAGAAACUCAAUCCUCAGUGGGAUGCAGAGAAGCUUUACCAGGAAGCCCGGAAAAUCCUGGGAGCCUUCGUGCAGAUUAUCACCUUUAGGGACUACCUGCCCAUUGUGCUAGGUGAUGAGAUGCAGAAGUGGAUCCCUCCAUACCAAGGCUACAACAAUAAUGUGGAUCCCCGAAUUUCCAAUGUCUUCACCUUCGCCUUCCGCUUUGGCCACUUGGAGGUCCCCUCUACUGUGUUCCGCCUGGAUGAGAAUUAUCAGCCAUGGGGGCCAGAACCAGAGCUCCCCCUGCACACCCUCUUCUUCAACACCUGGAGGAUGGUCAAAGACGGUGGAAUUGACCCUCUGGUGCGGGGCCUGCUGGCCAAGAAGUCCAAGUUGAUGAAUCAGAAUAAAAUGAUGACAGGAGAGCUGCGCAACAAGCUUUUCCAGCCCACUCACAAGAUCCACGGCUUUGACCUGGCUGCCAUCAACAUACAGCGUUGCCGGGACCACGGGAUGCCUGGGUACAACUCCUGGAGAGGCUUCUGUAACCUCUCACAACCCCAGACGUUGGAGGAGCUGGACGAUGUGCUGAAGAACAAGGGGCUGGCUAAGAAGUUACUGGAUCUCUACGGGACCCCUGACAACAUUGACAUCUGGGUGGGGGGCAUUGCUGAGCCCCUGGUAAAAAGGGGCCGGGUGGGGUCUCUCCUGGCCUGCCUCCUGGGGAAGCAGUUCCAGCAGAUCCGCGAUGGAGACAGGUUCUGGUGGGAGAACCCUGGCGUCUUCACUGAGAAGCAGCGGGACUCUCUACAGAAAGUGUCCUUCUCACGCCUUGUCUGUGACAACACCCACAUCACCAAGGUCCCACUGGACCCAUUCCGGGCCAACAGCUACCCCCACGGCUUUGUGGACUGCUCAGCCAUUGAGAAGCUGGAUCUCUCACCCUGGGCCUCAGUGGAGAAUUAGGGGCCUGGACUCCACGGCCUCUCAGACUGUGCAGUAAAGCUCCCUUUUGUCCACGAUGCCAUUUCAAGCAAGUUCAGUGAGCUCUCCCUGAGACUGCCACACCCCAGCCCCAGCACUUCUUUUCCUCUGGGUCUCUCUACACUCGCCAGAUGCAGACCUCGCUCAAGCCCAAGGCCAGCCGCCUCAGCCUUUCCAGCUCUGCCACUGAAUCCCACUGCUCCCACCCCAUCCUCUCUGCCUGGGGAAAUUCUCCUUUCUGCCAUGCAUAGACCCUCUGAGAUGCCCUUCCAGUCUAGCUUGCCAGAUGUCACCGAUCUUCUCCCUGGAACAAGUCUUGGCUGAAGCCUUUGCACCCCUAUCCUUCCUCCUGCCCUCUCAAACUAGAUUGUAAGCUCCUGAGCCAGGACUUCAGCCUGCUUCUGAGUGUCUCCCAGUGUCAGCGUGGUGCUCGGCACACAGUAAGCGCUCAAUAAACAUCUGAUG